UCCCCGCUUCUCAAAUCGGCUGCAAGGAAGUACGAAUGACAAAGCCAAAAUUCAGGCCUUGCCCUGCUUGCCAUGUCAAGAACCAGGCCAGUAGGAAGUGCUGCAGUGCCUGCUACGCAAGCCUCAGCAAUUUUAAUAAGAUGGAGGCCCUCAAAGACAGGCUGGAUAAUGAGUGGGGGCAGGGGGUCUGGAAAAACCGCAAUGCAGCAAGAGUGGUUUCUUCUGCCCAAGUUGCAGACCGCAGAUGUCUCAGCCACAGACCCAGUCUGACCAUCAGAUCCAAACCCAAACCCAUCCUGACCAGCAGAUCGAGACCCAGCCCGACCAGCAGGUCCAGACCCAGCCUGACCAGCAGAUCCAGACCCAGCCUGACCAGCAGGUCCAGACCCAGCCUGACCAGCAGAUCGAGACCCAGCCUGACCAGCAGAGCGAGACCCAGCCUGACCAGCAGAGCGAGACCCAGCCUGACCAGCAGAGCGAGACCCAGCCUGACCAGCAGAUCGAGACCCAGCCUGACCAGCAGAUCGAGACCCAGCCCGACCAGCAGAUCGAGACCCAGCCCGACCAGCAGAUCGAGACCCAGCCCGACCAGCAGAUCGAGACCCAGCCCGACCAGCAGGUCCAGACCCAGCCCGACCAGCAGGUCCAGACCCAGCCCGACCAGCAGGUCCAGACCCAGCCCGACCAGCAGAUCGAGACCCAGCCCGACCAGCAGAUCGAGACCCAGCCCGACCAGCUGGUCCAGACCCAGCCCGACCAGCUGGUCCAGACCCAGCCCGACCAGCAGAUCCAGACCCAGCCCGACCAGCAGAUCCAGACCCAGCCCGACCAGCAGAUCCAGACCCAGCCCGACCAGCAGAUGGAGACCCAUCCUGACCAGCAGAUCGAGACCCAGCCUGACCAGCAGAUCCACACUAAAGCUCAACAGAUUGAUGAUGGUGUCAUCCUCAACCUCUACUUUUUACCCUCUCCACCCCAUCCCCAGACUCACCCUGAAGCUCAGCAGCUCCAGAUUAAGGCUGAAGUCCAUACUCAACCCCAGCCUCAUCCUCAGCAUAAACCUAUCGUACCAAAGCCCCGCAAAAGAAAACAAGUCCCAACCCCCAGAGUCUCCGGUCCACCAUCAGCCCCAGAUACAGGACCAGCCCCAGCCUCAGCAAAUUCAGCUGAUGACUGCCAAGCCAAACCCCCAAAAAAUAAAAAAGGGAUGCCGAAAAUGCAGUAGGCAAAAAGUGUGGCAAUACGACAUGAUUGUUGACAAAAGAAUGACAGAGGAUAAGGCUGAAGUAAAGGUGCGCUGGUUGCCUUGUUCUCAGUGUGGCAAAACCUGGGAGGACACAUGGGAGCCGGCCAGCCAGGUCCCUUCCUGAGCUUAGCACAGGAUGACAUACCCAUCUUUUAAUUAUAUUGACUGUUGUGUGCUGUGAAUAAAACAUUCAUAACACUAAUAACGCAUCUAUAUUUUCUGGUGUCUUGAUACAUUGAUGUGUAUUUGUGUAUUGUGCUGAAAUAAGUGCAAUGACAUAAAUGUUCCUAAUAGUUUACUAUUCUCUUCUUAAAAAGUUUACUUGAUACAUUGUGUGUUGUCCUGAAAUAUGUCCAGUUUAGCACAUUUGACCUUGUGUGGCAGCAGAGAUCCUUGGAAAAAUACUAUUUUGUGUAUGCACAUUCCUUAACCCCUUCAAACAUGGAUCCACUGAAAUGGACAUCACUUGAUGUUUUGUUUCAACCAAUAAAAUUUUGUUUUCAUAAUA